AUGUCUAAUAACGAUGAUAAAUGUGCAGGUAAAUGGGGUCCUAGACAUGCACCAAAUCCGGAUCCACAUCGCCAAUGGGCAGCCGUUCGUCGUCGCUACGAAUGGAACGAUUCAUAUGACGAUGGAGUAGCCCCCAGAGACGAAGAAUUGGAAAAAGAGCUAUUUGGUGAAGAUAAUCAUGUUAAUACUGGCAUUAAUUUUGAAAAAUAUGAUAAGAUUAAGACGACAAUUAAUAAUCCAAAUAUAAAACCCAUUAGCACGUUUGAUGAGGCAAAACUUCAUCCAGCGAUGAAGGAAAAUAUCAAAUUAGCUAAAUACACUAUACCAACUCCAGUUCAGAAAUAUUCUAUUCCAGUAAUCACUGAUGGGUUAGAUUUAAUGGCAUGUGCUCAAACUGGUUCUGGUAAAACAGCUGCAUUUUUGAUUCCAAUAUUAUCUCAAAUAUUCACAGCCAAAAGAAAUUCAAGACAGUCUACACGAAGGUAUAAAGCUGAACCAUUAAUGUUAAUAUUGGCACCUACACGUGAAUUAGCUACUCAGAUAUUUGAUGAAUGUCGUCGAUUUACUUAUAGAAGUAUGAUGAGACCUUGCGUUGUAUAUGGAGGAGCUGAAUCUGGGCCUCAAAGAACUGAAUUGGGUAAAGGUUGUGAUAUAUUAACUGCUACACCUGGUAGGUUAAAUGAUUUUCUGGAUCGUGGUAUAUUGAGUCUUCGUAAAGUUAGAUAUCUUGUGCUUGACGAAGCUGAUCGUAUGUUAGAUAUGGGUUUUGAGGCAGAUAUUCGUAAAAUUGUUCAAGAAUCUGACCUCCUUGAUGAUGGUUCAAGACAAACCAUGAUGUUUUCUGCUACUUUCCCAAAAAAUAUUCGAGAACUUGCCAAGGAUUUCUUGAAAAAUGAUUACUCAUUCCUUACAGUUGGUCGACUUGGUGGAACAACAAGUGAUAUUACUCAAAAGAUAAGAUAUGUCGAUGAAAAGGAUAAACGUACAACACUUGUUGAACUACUUUUACAACAACCGCCAUCCCGUACUUUAAUUUUUGUUGAAACUAAACGUGGCGCAGAUUCUCUUGAUGAUUACUUAUAUCAUCAAAAUUUUCCCACAACAAGUAUACAUGGCGAUAGGUCACAGCGUGAAAGAGAAGAUGCAUUAAUAUCAUUCAAAAAUGGCCGGUCACCUAUUUUAAUUGCUACGGCUGUUGCAGCUCGUGGCCUUGAUAUAAAAAAUGUAAUGCAUGUCAUAAAUUAUGAUUUAUGUAAUGAUAUUGAUGAAUACGUUCACCGGAUUGGAAGAACUGCCCGUGUUGGCAAUGAAGGAUUGGCAACAACUUUUUAUAAUCAAAAAAAUUCUGAUAUUGCUGGUGAUUUAGUUAAAUUAUUGCUAGAGUGUAAACAAGAUGUUAUUAAUGAUAAUUGGUCAACUCCUACCACUACUGCAACUCCAAUUCCUCAACGAUCCCCAUUUCAACAACAAUCUCCGCCUCCUAAUCUUCAACCUCCUCUUCAACCUUUUCAACAACAAUCUUCUCCUAAUCUUCUUCAACCUUUUCAACAACAACCACCACAACCUCAACUUAUUCAAUCACAAUACAGUCCUCAACCUUCAUAUAGUAGUCCACAACUACCACAAAUUUAUUCUCCACAACCAUUGCAACCCCAACAGCCUUUACUUCAACAAUAUGGCAGCAGUGCACCACAACAAUCAUUGAUUGGCCAACAACCUAAUCCUAACAAUAAUUAUAAUCAAACCUCGCCUCCACAACAACAAAAUAAUGGCUAUAGUUCACCACCGCAACAGCAAACCAAUUCUUAUCAACAAAUGCCACAACAACAACAACCACUUGCUAAUUAUGGCAAAUUUCUUGCUCCUGGUUCUGAUGCAUAA